UGAAAACACGAACGUAGCGAAGAGAGAGAGCGAGGAAGAAACACUCAAGAGAGACGAAACAAUGAAGGUUGUUGUACUUAAGCAAAAUCAAACAGUAACAUAAGUAACAGAUCGGUUUUCCUUUCAGCAGCAACUAACUGCUCUUGCAAUUUAACGUAGUUUGACGUUCCACAGUAGCACGCCCCUCCUGUUAAUAUCGUCCAUUUUAAAGAACCGAUGAAAGUAGCGUGUUUGCCUGUUUCUGUAUGAAAGGAUGACCGAAUCCGAAUUACGAUAUGCCUUUCGUUUUUUUUUUGAGAUAAAAUGAAAAACCCGUCGAGUCUUCUUUCUCUGUUGACAAAUAUGCAGCGUCCCGUCCCUGGUGCUCGUUUUCACUAGCGAUUUGAUUUUGUCGCAACCGACAAAGCGAGUAUGUUUGUUGUUUUCCCCUGAGACAGUACCUUAUUUGGAUUCUAGCGUUCGGCACAUCAUGUCCAUGACCAUGUCAGCGUCUCCUUCCCCGUUUCUCUUCUUCACCUUUUUUCAGCUCGCAACCUCUGGCAUUAACGCCGACAGUACCUGCAUGCUCACCGCAAAACGGUGCGAGCGGUUUCCCAGUUUCGCGGGGACCCAGUUUUCCGAUCGCUAUGGCGAACAGAUGCUCGGGGCGGGUGACACGCCGGCCGCGUGCUUGAGACGAGCAGAAGACUUCCACCAUUGGUGCGGAAAUGGCAGGGAUUCGGAGAAGGCAACCGUUGCGGCCACGCACGUGCCGUCGAUGCAGACGCAGGUAUAGAAUACAAAGAUACUUUCAAGAAAGCCUGUUCAUCCGUCGCCGAGGAGUAGCAUGUACUACGUGGUUAUGAUAGGGAAUACGAGCGAUCAGCAGCAUGAGUGCUUGCGCAACCUCAUACAAUUACAAACAUCCAUCAUGUUCACCCCUACUCUCCGUAUCAGAUCUACCACCCGACCGCGUGUCCCGACCUCGGUUGGUCGUUGUACCACAAGCACUGCUACAUUCACGUGUGGCGGCAGAAGACCUGGUGGGAGGCUGAGGCCUGGUGCCAGGAGCGCGGCGGGAAUUUGUGUAGCAUUCACGGGAAGCAGGAGAACGAGUUCGUGUUCACGCUGACCAAGGGUCUCACGUCCUGGAUCGGGUACGAGGAUCAGGACCAGGACCAGGAGCACAAAUGGAGCGACAACACGCCCGCGAACUACGAAAACAUGGCGAAAAACUGCACGGGCCGCGAGACCGAACCGGAUUGCGCGCCGCAGGAGACCGCGCAGCAGUGGUACGACUGGGAGGGCCACGAUAAGGCCACCUGGGUCUGCAAAAAGGAGGCGAAGUGGAACUUGGCCCUCCUGCGGAACGAAACGACGAGCUACAACUUGACCAGCUUGAGUUUUAUCAACUGGGAAGAUUUGAAAAAACCACUCGCGGACGAGAUGAUACGGCUGGACAUGAGCAGGUCGGUCGAGGACGAAAUAGAAGAGGAGGAGCUGAAACAAAAGGAGGAGGGAAUGCUGCCGACAAAAGAGGAGGUUGCAUCUUUAUCCGCCAGUAGCAAAAAACCCUGUCUCACCUGCAAAGUGUGAUCAGUUACGGUGAAUGAUAUUGUUGGAUCAGCAUCGGCUUCUUGUCUUCGGCCCUUCAACACGCAUGGCAGGAUAAUUUGUCGACGUUUCAUCUUCUUGAGACGUCGACUUUGUGCCCGUGGAAGGCUGAUAAUGAGAUGCUCUCGGUGACUGAAACUCCUGUAGAUAAUCUUUAUCGCUGCAUGCCACAAGAAACACAUACACAACUAU